AUGGCCGCUCCUCAAGUGAUUACCAUUGAAAAUCUCAACGGUCACUGGGUCCUGAACAAAGAUCUAUCUAGCGAAGCAGACCCUGUUCUAAAACUACAAAAAGUACCAUGGUUACUCCGCAAAGCAUUCAAAUUCGCAACAAUAUACAUCCAAGUCACCCAAUACGAAACACCCUCUGAGACAACCCAACCAUCAACAAACAUCGACUUCCUCCAAACAGCCACAGCAGGUCUAGCCGAAACCAAAGAAGAGCGCGUGUUAGAUUGGAAAAUAUCAGACCACGAGGAUUACUUCUUCGGCCAGGUCCACGCUCAGAGUGAAUUGGUUCAUGGUGUCACUGACACAGAUGGAAUUGCUAGGCCUGGAUUUGAGCUUAAGACGGCUAAUGCCAAUCGAGAGAUAGAGAAAUACCUGCGAGGUGAGGUCGAGGCGGAUGGGAGGAAAUCUGGAGGGUUUAUUGUUGAGGAUUCGAUGGCCGAGGGUGGGCUUUGGGUACAUACAUUUGAGAGGAAUGAUAAGUCUGGAUGGACGGCUGAGCAAAUUUGGGGAUUUGAGAUGUUUGGGGGUGAGAGAUACUUCUCUCGUCGGGUGGUGGUUAUGACGACGAAGGGGGAAUACAUGUGUGGGAGGAUUGUGUUUGAUUUUGUCAAGCAUCGAGACUAA